AACCCGAGUCCUAAAAACCUUGGCGAAGAAUGUGGUACAUUGAGUGAUGCAGAAAAAGAUUGUGAAAUUGACUAUGUACAUGAUUCUGUUGGCUCAGCUAUUCCUGUGCCAUCAAGUCCUGCUGCUGUGUUCAAUUUUAGUGAUAAUCUCUCACCAAUUUUCAAAGAGUCACCAUGUAAGGGCUCAGCAGGAAAUAACCCAGGUACUCUUGGUGAUAUUGUCCAAAAUAUCAUCACAGCCUUCAAAAGUGUAGCAUGUCCAAAGAUUAAAGGAACAAUUAUUGAACUAUUUAUAAAAGCUUUUUUAUUGAGCUUGGAGGCAUGCAUGGCUUUAUACCAAUUUGUGCAGGCAGAUUUUCUGGACAAAAGUUUAAAUGCCAUGAAAACAUUGCUGCAAGAGGGCAAGAACUUGCUUUAUGGUAUGUCAUGGUGCUUUGAGAGAUGA